AUGUCGAAUAGCAUCUCAAAUCAGAAGUCCUGGGAAAAAUCACGAGCUCUCGACAUGUUGCAAUACCCCCUGUUUCCUAAUUUAUGGAAAGGAAAGGGUUGUAUUAAUGCAGAGGACGAGAGGUGUCUGGGAUGGCUGGACGCGCAGCAGGUGGGUUCUGUGAUAUAUGUUUCUUUUGGGAGCACCUCCCUCAAAUCGAACCAACAGCUGGAAGAGAUUGCUCUGGGGUUGGAGAGCAGCCAGCAGCCUUUUCUGUGGAUCUUGCGAAUGGAUAUUGCACAAGGGAAGCUUGCCGUUUUGCCACAUGGAUUUUUGGAACGGAUAGGAGAUAGAGGGAUGAUUUUGGGAUGGGCGCCGUAG